CUGGCGUGCCAGACUCACGACAACCCUCAUGCCCGGGCUUUGUGUGCACACCUACAGACUGGGUGGGCGGUGCUGGGCGUGUACCGGUACGGUGGCCGGAGAGGUGCGGCGUGUGACGGACUGACGGAGAGACAGUGCGACCAUUCCGCGGUGGGACUGAGGCGCGAGGGGGUCAGACACACUCUGCUCUGCUCUCUCUUCAACACAGACCGCACUAUCGGAUUACUUUAUUUAAUACUGUGUUGGUGAAAGCGUGCGAGUGUUGUGCAGAGAAAGUGAAAAGUGUCGCUUGAGUGUUUAUGUGCGUGUGUGCUUCAGUAUAGAUACUUUGCUGCUGGUACAUUUUGGUAAACAGAAAAGGGUCGGCUUAAUUAUAUUGUUCCAAAGUUUGCAUACUAUAGGAGCGUUUUGGGUUAUCCUUCACACGUGAAACGAAACAUUGAAAAACAAAGAGCUUUAAACAUCACGACUGCAUUUUGACUUGUGUUUGGGGGAAAGGAGAAAUAAAAGCACAGAAUAAAGAAGAAAACGAGGAAGAAACGCAACAGCAUCAUUAUCAUAAACAGCAUCUUAACCGUCACCACCACCACCAACAACAACAACCACACCCACAAGACGCGUCCCGGUGCGGCAGGAGCCCUGAAGUGAGUGUCGAGUAAGGACGAGCGAUCUUUUCAUGCACGAGACUUGCUAGCAUGACGUGGACUGACUUCGUGGAAUGGCUGGAUCAGAACAAGGUUGUGCUUAUCGCCGUGACCUGUUCCGUGGUGGGUGCCGGCGGGUGCCUGGUGGGGUUGCGGGCGUGGCUGCAGGGACCCAUGUGCAAGAGCAAGGCGCGGCUAGAUGGCAAGACAGUCGUCAUCACCGGCAGCAACACAGGCAUUGGCAAAGAGACAGCCCGGGAUCUCUCGCGCAGAGGGGCGCGCGUGGUUAUGCUGUGCCGGGAUCUGCAGAAGGCGAGGACAGCUGCAGAGGAGAUCAACAGAGAGACUGGCAACGCUAUGGUCGUCCACCACCUCGACCUCGCCUCCCUCGAGUCCGUCCGAAACACUGCAGAGAUCCUCGCAGACACUGAACAGAACAUCCACAUCCUCAUCAACAACGCAGGUAUCAUGAUGUGUCCGCGGUGGGAGACCAAGGACGGCUUUGAGAUGCAGCUUGGUACAAACCACCUUGGUCACUUCCUGCUGACGAUGCUGCUUCUCGAUCGGCUCAAGGCAUCAGCUCCUGCCAGGAUAAUUAAUGUCUCCUCCAUUGCCCACACCCAGGGCAAAAUGCAUUGGGACGACCUUCACCUCACCAAAGAUUACAACGCCAAGGCUGCUUACUGCCAGAGCAAACUUGCCAACGUGCUAUUCACUCGCGAGCUGGCUAAGAAACUGAAAGGCACCAACGUCAAUGCCUACUCACUGCACCCCGGCGUGGUACAGACAGAUCUGGGGCGACACAUUCAUCAGUCUGUUAAUGGCUUCAUCCACUGGGCCUUCCAUUUCUUCGGGAACUUUUUCUUCAAGACAGUGAAGCGCGGCGCACAAACCACGAUCUACUGCGCCGUGGAAGAGUCCCUCGCGACGCAAACAGGGAAGUACUACAGUGACUGUGCCGAAAAGCAGCCGCACCAGCUCGCCCUGUGUGACGAUGACGCGCGGCGGUUGUGGGACGUGAGCUCUGAACUCGUCGGUCUUGGCGUGUGAUGCGCUCAACAGAUCACCGCUGAAGGUUCACUCAUUCCUCGCAAUGGACCAAGUUACUUUACAUACCUAUAAAUCUAUUACGUGAUCACUAGUUUCUGGGUGUAGCUAGUCUUUUAUUUUUUUAUUUCUACUAAUUCAUAAACACUUCCUUUAUGAAUUAACCUUCUAAGUGGUGCAAUUUCACGACACUGUCCCUGCAUUCCACUCUUGAUUUCGUUGUUCAUUACCAUAUUUCCAGUUCGGUAAUCUAGUCUCAAUAGUGUUUCUGAGUAGGACCGGAGAACAAUACGCGGUUAUGAAACUCGUGACCUAAUUCUCGUUUCCUAUAAGUCCGCUGUGCCGGGUGAUCUAUGUGGCAGAGGCUCAGACCGUGGCAAACGAGCUGACUCAAGCCUCUGUCAGCUUACGAUCAAGUGUGUAAUUUUCUAAACACUAACCAGUCUCACGUUCUCAGCAGCGGCGAUCUGUUCCAACCCAUUGGCCGAUAGUAUCACCAGGCUCGAAUUGAUCUUUAUCCAUCAUAUGGUGUCUUUAUCAAAUGUGCUGGACGCUGGUGCAAAUUUAUAGUACGCACUGUCAGGGCCGGUGCUAGGAAUUGUGGGACCCAAUUAGAAAACUGAUGGCGGGACACAUACUCUACGAAAAACCUAGUGAUUUUUUUUUUAAUCGUUAUUAUUAUUAUUACUAUUAUUAUUAUUAUUAUUAUUUCAUUAGACCCCUUAGACAUUAACAGGCCUGGGCCUCCUUGAGGUGCAGGGUUCAGUUUGAUAGAAUUGGUCACAUAUAGGCAUAAAGCCGGCCCUACCUACUGAACUUUUUCCUUUUGAAAGACACUGCAAAAAGAGUGAUAGGAUGAUUCUGAGGUUCAGACAUUUUACUACUUUGUUUUAUUCAUCUAUUUAUAGUAUAUCAAUUAUUAUUCAUCCAUUGCUCUGUGAAAUGUCUACUGCUAUUCCAAGUGAAACAAGUGUCACACUACUUAGUGGUCAAAGGGUUUUAGAAAACACUAGAAAAGAUAAUAAAUGAAUUGAUGAGGUAAAAUAAAGGUAAAUAAGAUAAAAUGAAUAAAUAUACAUAAACAAAAAUAAAUAGAUAAAAAGUGUGUGAAUAAAGUGUCAAACAGAUUAAUCAUAUGUCGUUUGUAUUUCUUAAUCGUGUGCUGGAAGAUGUGCACUACACAAGGCAGUGGUCAGCUGGGCAUGUCAGAAUCAAUGAGUAACCUCCUCGACAUUACAAGGGGAACGGGGAACGUGUGCUCCUCCUCCUCCUUCCACAGCUUACACUAGGCCUGAGUAACUGAGUAAUACAUUUUGAGUCUAGGGGUGAAUUUGAAUUAUUUAUAAUAUUUUGUAUUUUUAUAUUUUAUUGUGCAGCUACAACUUUAUCAGCCAGUUAUUAGAAAAUAAUGUGACAAUGCUGGACUCCACACACAGGAGAGAGAGAGAGAGAGAGAGAGAGAGAGAGAGAGAGAGAGAGAGAGAGAGAGAGAGAGAGAGAGAGAGAGUUAUAACCAUCUAAGCCAAAAAUUUGUUUCUAGAUGAAAUCUGGAAGUUUCAGGUGAUCAUCGGAAUUAUUAUCCAGCACAGGAGCUGAAUGGUGCUUUUACAGAUGUAGUCCUGAGAGCAGGUCUGGCCAAAAGCCUAAAACACUAACAACUGGUGUUCUAUGCACUCUUCCCUUCAGUUUCACCUCACCUGUUUUGACACUGAAGACAGGAAUGGGGUGAUGGAAUUUUCUGGGAUAGAUAUUUUUAGUUGAUAACUUUCCUUCAGAUAUGCAAAUGAAUUGCAAUAUUUUCACUUAUAAUUUUUUUACAUUGGAUAAAUUUUAUUUGUUACAAUACUGAGAAAUGAUUGUGAAAAAAAAAAUGAAGUAAGUGUAUAAGAUAUAAAGAAAGGACAUUUCCAGGGAUAAAUAAAUAUACCAUUCAUUUUCUGAUAAACCAUGUAUUUGUGUUGCAAUACCAGGUCCCCCACCAACACCCUAAGGGGCACCAGGUAACAAUCUCACCCCAGAAAGAGCAGCACAUGGGUACCAAAUGAAAUUAUAGCACAUGUUUGGUAUAUAAGCAGUGGUGAUAUGGGAAUAUAUCUGUAACAAAAUUACUUGCACUCAAAAUACAAGGGCUACACCAGCAUUACAACAGGCCCACAACCAGUAGUAGAGCAAACCACAACCCUGAGACCAACACCCUGGCCUAUCAUAUGUUCUAGUUAGUGCUGCUCUUGUUUACAAGGUAGCAGCCUCAGCUUAGAAAUCUCUCCAGGAAACUUUGAACAUAAUAGACAAAACUAAUCAACAUGAACCAUUGCAGCACCACCUCUGAAUCCUAACCCAGAUAUCUUCCUAGACAUGUGCACCAUUGGGGUGUACAAAACAAAAGUUGAUGUAAUCCCUUUCUAAACCAAUUUGGCUGAUACCACAAUAUGCUACUUGCCCCAGGACAACCAUGCACAUCAAUUAACACACUGUUUGGCUCCUUGCUGCACCAUACUAAGAAAAAACAGCAAUCCCUAUUUAUGAUGAACAAAAAAACAUCUCCAACAAUAUUGGGU